UGGCAAUGGUGAUUUAUGGAGAACUUUUCGUUGCAUGAAUAUGUUAUAUUGUAGAAAUGAACAACCGUAAACUUUCGGCAAGUAUUACAAAUCGAACUAAUGUUCAUCUGCAUUUGGCAGUAGCCAUGAAACCAUUCACCUGCUCACUUAUGUUGACUGACAUCUGAAGAUAAUCAUGGACUACUCUAUAUAGAACAUGACAGCAAAAUGUCACUUGAUGACCAGUUCAUCGCGGCAGCCCAAGGAGAUGUUGAAUGGCUAAAAGAAUGCCUUGAUAGAAGUAUUAUUCAAUAUGACUGCGAUGGUUUCACUCCAGUACACAUAGCAGCUUUUAAUGGACAGCUUAAAUGUUUAAAAUACCUUAUUGAGGAAUAUGGUUGCAAUGUUGAUGUUCUAUCAAUUUCUGACUGGACACCUCUUCUUGCUGCAGUCAACGAUUCAAAUACACAGAAGUCUUUGGACUGUCUCAAAUACUUACUGGAAAGAGGAGCAGACAUUUCAGUUUCAAAUAAAGACGGCACUACAGUACUUCACAGAGCUGCGCAAAAAAAUCAUGUGGAAAUUUUGAAAUAUCUUUUAGGAAGAGGUGCAGAACUCAAUUGCAAGGACAAAGAUGGUUAUACUCCUGGAGAUCUGGCCAAAAUAUUAGCCAACAAGGAAUGUUCAAGGAUUCUAGAAGCUGCAAAGUGGCAUGAAAAUAAGAAACAUCUUGCUAAACAAAUGAACCAACUCAGUAUCAUAAAAUACCAGAUUAUUCAUGGUCAAAGAAAAUACACUAAUAUAUACAAUGAAAAAGAUCCUACAUUGAAUGAAACAGAAAGACAAAAAUCAGAAAAUGAAACUCAGACUAAACCCAGUAAAAAACCAAUUAAGAAAACAGUGAAAUAUAGCAAAUCAACUGUGAAAAAAAAGCGAAGUGCUCCAGCUUCAUAUAAAUGGAAUUAUGAAAAAUCUACAGAAAAAGGAGAAUUUCAAAAAUACAUUCCUAAUCUAAAUGAUGAAUACCCAAGAGAUUUCUAUACACAAAUGCCAAAAGUUCCUGGAGCCAAUAAAUAUUAUGAUGGCAAACAUAAAGAUACAUAUGAAAUACCUGAGAACUUACUUGAAUAUCUUGACAUGGAAUUUGAAGUACCUGACUUACCUCGUGAAAUUAUUGCCAAGGCUUUAUCAAGAGAUCCAUCUUUAAGAGAUCGUCCUGUUGUCUUCAACUGUAAAAAUGUUCUUGAUGUUGAAACAAAAUUACAACAAAAAGACAAUAAAAAUUUAAAACAUGAAGUCGGUCUUCACCUUUCCAAUGACUGUUCAUCAUAUUCAUUUAUAAAUGCCUUACAACCAGAGACCAAAAUGCGUCUUGAGGAGUCACUUGGUGAUAAAAUAAUUAAAACUCCUUUGAAGAAAAAAAGUAAAACUUCACCAAAGCAAAAAAAUCUUUUUAAAUCAUGUUUACAAAUAUAAUUUCUGACAAAUUGUGAUAAAGCUAUCUGAAAACUAUUUUUUAUGAACUUGGAAGGAAUGGUGCUUUAUUAACUUUAA